CAGCAAAAGACCCAUGAUUUUCGCUUACGACUUCAGUAGCGCACUCAUGCGAUUGGUGGAGAUGCUGAACACAUAACCGAAAAUGUAUGCUCCCUGGAACGCAAACCCGAACUAAACCAAAAGCAAACUGCUCAAAAGCACUUAUGAGCAAAGUCGCAUUUGCUGAUGGGCCCAGUGCCAGUCUUCAGAAGCUUCCAUCAAGGCUCGCCACCUGUUGCUCACUAGCAGUCGUCACUGCCAAUCAGUGUUGACAGUAAGAUGAAUUUUCACAGAGUAAAACAAGAGUAAACCGACAUCCGCAUCAAUUGCUUGACGACUCAAGUGUUCGGGGAGAACAUUUUGCACGAACUGCCGCUGGCAAGUCUUGGCCAUUCCCUCUUCAUGUAGUUCUGCCGGGCCCGACCGUGGCGGUCUACCCUGGCAGCAUGGCCAUUCAUUAUAAAGGGCAUUCAGUGGGCUAUGCGUAUCCCGGCAAUUGGGUUGCAAGAUGCUGUCCAGCUUCCUGAGUCGUGGUGUCCUCGCAAGUGCCGUUUUCGCUAGUUGUGUUGCUGCGGUGACGACUGUCGAUGUUAAUGGCACGGCUGCCCAUACCAUUCCGCCUCUUCUGUUUGGACAGAUGUUCGAGGCAACGCCUCUAAAUAAUGUCUACCAUCGUUCGCAGAGUGGUGAUGGUGGUAUUUACGCUGAGUUGCUUCAAAACCGCGCCUUCCAGCAAGUGAAACCAAACACAGAUGCUGCUCUCUUAGCCUGGGCUCCGAUCAACGGCGCAUCCAUUAAGGUUAUUGCUGACCCCAGCCCGCUUUCCAAUGCCCUCCCCAAUUCCCUUGAGCUUACCAUCCCUUCUGGCAUCUCCGGCCAAGUUGGGUUCGGCAAUGAGGGCUAUUGGGGCAUAAACGUCAACUCCUCCUGGACUUACAACGCCUCUUUCUACUACAAAUUCCCCAGCGCAUCCAAAUUUUCUGGAAAGCUCACUGUCAUGCUUCGGUCGUCUACUGGCUCAGUCUAUGCAAGCGCUUCUGUCCCUGUCUCUGGCUCCACCACAACCUGGACGCAGGUCGCGGUGCCUCUUACACCUACCUCAAGCCCAGCGUCAGUCGCCAACAACUUCACGGUCACGGUCGAUGGCGCCAGUGCUAGCGAAGAGACGAUUAACUUCGCAAUGUUUUCCCUCUUUCCUCCGACGUUUAAGGGCAGAGCAAAUGGUCUGCGGAUGGACAUCGCGCAGACAUUGUAUGACAUGAAGCCUUCGUUCUUCCGUUUGCCUGGUGGUAACAACUUGGGCCAAAGCGUUUCUACACGUUGGCAAUGGAAUGCGACGGUAGGCAAUCUUAUUGACCGUCCAGGACGCAUGGGUGACUGGGGAUACAUUAACACUGACGGUCUCGGUCUUCUCGAAUACAUGUAUCUUUGCGAAGACAUGGAAAUGGAGCCCAUUAUGGCUGUCUGGGCAGGGUACUCGCUCGGCGGAGAAAGCCUCCCUGAAAACGAGCUUACGCCAUACAUCCAACAGGCAAUCGACCAGAUCAACUUUGUCAUUGGUGACCACGCAAAGAGUGAACCAGCUGCCCUGCGUGCAUCUCUUGGCCACCCAGAGCCAUUCCCUCUGCAGUAUAUUGAGAUCGGUAACGAAGACUUCUUUGCGUCGGAGUCGUAUAUCUACCGCUGGAAACACUUCGCGGGCAACCUGACAGCUAAUUUCCCUCAACUGAAGUUCAUUGCAACCUCAUCGAACCACAAGCUCGACCCCAUCCCAAAGCAGUACGAUAAUCACGUGUACCAGACGCCUGGCUGGUUCGCAGAAAAUGCGUUCUACUACGAUUCUUUCGAGCGCGAUGGUACUUACUACUUCGCGGGUGAAUAUGCCGUCGUGUCGACCAACGCCAGCAAUCUCUAUGGCACAUCUGCCUACGGUCGCCUCAUGUACCCUGAUAUGCAAGGGUCUUCAGGAGAGGCCGCAUUUAUGACUGGUCUCGAGCGUAACAGUGAUAUUAUCUUCGCUGCGUCGUAUGCUCCCUUGUUAAUGAACGUUGCCGACUCCAAGUGGACGCCCAACCUUAUUUCCUUCGAUGCAUCACAGGUGUACCCCUCAACCAGCUUCUAUACCCAGCAGCUCUUCAGUCUCAACCGCGGUACUGAAUAUCUCCCAAGUACCCUGCAUAUUGCAGAAGCCGUGUCACUCCACUGGAGUGUCACGCGUGAUGCACCCACCAACACGGUUAUCAUCAAGAUUGCGAAUACGGGCACGUCAGCUGAAGACAUGUCAUUCGAGCUUCCCUUCGAGGGUGUUCACGGCAUUGGCACUGCGACAGUCCUGUCGGGGUCUGCCACUGCAAGCAACUCGCCUGAGGCUCCUGACACCGUUAAGCCCGUCACUUCACAGAUUAAAACUGGUAAGAGCUUCCCAUACACUGCCCCAGCGUAUAGUGUCAACGUGCUGCGGGUGAAGCUGCAGUAGGGCAUAGAGUACCGCUUGGCAACAUAUGCACGUCAUACCGCGACAAAUACAUAAAUAAACACAGCUGGUGGUUGAUGUCUUUGCUUCUUUUGCGACUCAAUGUCAACCUACAUGAGCUACUGAACAUGAUGGCAAACUUGGUCGCCAAAAAGUUCCUCGCUUUCUAAGUUAGGACCACUGAUUGGCAGUGAUAAUAUACUGCCUAUGGAACAUGGGUUUGGGUCCAGACACCGG